AUGCCCACCGACUCCGCCGUCAGACUUGCAGCUAUUCGAGUGGCAGUCGACCAAGUCGCCGAGGCCGAGAAAAACGCAAUUCUGUCAGAUCCAACUCUCGAGGUGGAAGAGGUCUUCAUCCCUGGGCCCCGGGGAGACAUUCGCUUGUCCGUCAUAAGACUGAAGGAUGUCGCUUCAGACGACACCAAGAAGCGUCCGGCCAUCUAUAACAUCCACCCGGGAGGCUUGAUUAUGGGCAACGAGUACAUGGCGAUUUCCUCUGCGAUUUCCUGGAUGAAAGAGAUCGGCGGCAUCGUCGCUUCGGUCAACUACCGUCUGGCUCCAGAGCAUCCCGGCCUUGCCCCCUUCGAGGACUCCUGGGAAGGUCUCGUCUGGUUCGCCAAACAAGCAGAUCGAUUCGGCUUCGACCCGGACAAGUUGAUUCUGUCAGGCUCCUCGGCGGGCGGAGGCAUUGCUACCGCGGCCGCGAUCAAGGCCCGGGACGAGGGCUUCCCCAAGCUGUGCGCUCAAGUUCUCAUUUGUCCCAUGCUGGACGACCGGGCUGCCACCGUCUCCCAUCAGCAAUUUUUCCACCACGGCUCUUAUACCGGCGAGGCGGACGAGUUCAGCUUCGGGUUGGUCUUGGGCGACCGACGCGGCACGGAUGACGUUUCGGUCUUUAUAGCGCCGGCUCGGGCGACGGAUCUUUCGGGCCUUCCCCCGACAUAUAUCGAGGUUGGGUCUGCCGAACCUUUUCGAGACAGCGUAGUUGCGUUUGCGUCCAAGCUGUGGGAGCAUGGCGUGCAGGCCGAGCUGAUGGUGUUUGCGGGUGCCUUGCAUGGCUUCGAUUACUAUGCCCCGGAAGCCAUGGUAUCGAAAAGUGCUGCCCAGGCGAGGUUGAACUGGAUCCGACGGUUCAUGGCGCAGUCCAAAUGA